GCGUUCCUCUAUAUUGCAGCGCAAAAAGAGAGUUGCUUUCCAGAGUGUACUCACGAGAGGACUGCCAGAGUUAAGAUAACAGUUGUCGACCCGUUGAAGUGAGCGCAGCUACGGACGCGUUUAAGAAGUAACUGGGACAGAGCUGAGUUGAUUUGCUUAUCAAACCACGACUGUUUUAUACCCGGUCUGAGUUAUCAGAGGCAAAAAAAAAAAUCAUCUGUCUGAUGCGGUGUUGUCGGUGACAGUUUACGACUGUAAAGUUGUGAAGACUGUGAAUACAAACAUGAUGAACGGGAAGAGUCGUCUGCAGCAGGCACAGGAGGAGGUGGAGGAAGUGAAAGUCAUUAUGCUGGAUAACCUCAACAAAGCUGACGAGCGGGCAGGCAAACUGGGAGAACUGGAGAACCGCGCUGACCAGUUGUUGGAGAAGAGCAAGGCAUUUCAGAAGACCACAACCCAAGUGAAACAGAAGAAACGAUGGGAAAACAUAAAAAUGAAAGUGAUACUGGGAAGCAUCGCGGCUGUAGUGGUCUUGCUGAUCGUAAUUCUACUCCUGGUUUAUCUGUUGCCAAGUAACUCUGGUACUAAUGGGGACAACUAGACCUUCGGACUUUGGAAAAAAUAAACAUGGACUACAGAGUGUCUGCAGCUGAACUGCAAUUGGUUGAGCUUUCAGUAUGCAGACAUAGUAAGUUGGCAGAGAUGGAAACAGUUGUUUCCACUACAACAAGCCUUAGCUUUAGUGUCUUGCGUGAUUCUAUUCAGCCAGACCUGUGAUGUCAGAAUUUUCUGGAAUUCUCAGGCUUUGUUUUGUCAGUAGGAGCAGACUGAUUGAAGGAGAGGCCAUUGCUACCAUUCUCAAGGAGCUAACCAGUGCACCAAGAGCGAAAGCUUUGACCGACGUCACUUAGUGCUAUACAUUUUUCUCCUUCAAGUUUUUUUUUUUUAUUCCUCUUAGUGUCAGUGUAGGAAAUUAAAUGGUACAGUUGCCAGUUCAGCUGCUCCCUCUUUCAACAUUCAUGGGUAACGUCAGUCUUUGGCUCUAGCUGUUAAGGCGUAACAGGUUUACAUGUUGAUUCAAGUAUUCAUUGUCAUAGGAUAUUACUGUAGUUUACAGUACAGUCGCCACAUACACAAAUAAAUUUUCAUUGCUUUUUUCCCCCCCUUUUUUUUUCUUAUAAGGCCAGUGAAAAUAAAGUUCUAAUCUGAAUGUUUUCCUUCUUUUUUUUCUUUGUUCUUUUUCAAAAACACUUGAAGUCUCUCAUCAUACUUAAAGAAAUAUGAAUGUGAUCACAAUGAGAGUUUUCGCAGUCCUGUUUCUAUGUUUUAUUUGGGUAACAUGUGAAGGAUAAGUCCAUGAUGGGCUGUCUAUAUGGUUGUUUUCACACUGGGAUAAGAGGAGCAAACAAAUUACUGUGUUAAAUUGCAAUUAUAAGAUUUCUCAUGGGUUAACUCAAGAACAUACUGAAGUCUUUGUUAGGAAAACAUUUACUGUUUGCAGUUAGGAACAAAGUGGUGUUUCUAGAAUUUACCACAUUCUUGACAUAAGCAAUUUCACGCAUUCUCAAACCUCUUGUACUCAAAAUGUAGUCCAUUCAAGACUUUUCCAUGACAUAAAGAUUCUGUGUGAGCAAAUCAAUUUUAGACUUUGAUGCUCUGAAAUAUGAAUAGGUCUGUAGGUGUGCCAAACUCUUGCUGCUGAAAAGAAAUGUGUUUCAUCUGUCUUAAUAUGUAGUCACCUAAAUGUAUCAUAUUUCAUUUAUCAGAGUGAAGUUUUAUUUUUGCUUUAAUAUAAUCAUAAUUUCUUCUGGUCCUCCUGUUAUUGUUGUUGCAAACUGUCUCUUUACUCAUUUGUCAUAUUCAAAUGAAAAAGUGAAAAUUAAUUUCAA